AUGUUUAAUUGGUUAUAUAUAUUUCUUCUGCUACUAAUAGGAUUGGUAAAUAAUCAUGAAAAAACUGAUGUUUUAUUUAAAAAUAAAGUAAAUCCUGAUAUACAUCCUUUAUCUUAUUUGCAAUUACCAGGAUUUAAAAGCCAUCCAAAAUUAACAAUAAAUAGUGAAAUAACACACUGGGUUUUAAGCCAUCUUCAACUAAAUCAGCUAGAAACAUUGAUCUCUGAAUUAGAAAAAGAAAUUAAGAAAUUAACACAAGAAUUUGAAGAAUAUAAAAAAAAUUCAAGAUCAAUAAGAGCUAAUUAUGAUUCACAUUCAUGCAGAAAUGACAUUAAUACUAAAAAACAAAAAGGAAAUAGAUGUAAUAAAUGUGAACAAAGAGCAAAUGCAAUUAAAAGAUUACGAUUAAAAAUGAAAGAAUUGGCUUCUAAGAUUAUUGAAUAUGAAUUUAAAUUAGAUAAAUGUAAACACAGAAAAGCUAUUUUAAAAGGAGAAAAAGUAAAUAAAGAUGUUAUAUAUAGACCAUUUUUAACUCCCUAUAAGAAUAAAUCACAAGAAGAUACUGCUGAUUUACAAAGAAGACGUAAAGAUAAAAUACAUGAAAGAGAAAUGAGAAGAAAUCAAAGGCUACAACAGGCAUUAGAAUCAGGAAUAAGCAUAAAUAAGCAUGAGUUACAUAUUGAAUCCCAAAAACAAAGAACAAUUGAUGUUGAAGAUUUAGUAAUGAUUUAUUUUCAACCAAAAAGUCUUGAUUAUUUUACUGAUAAAUUAUUGCAAUCUAUUUCAGAAUUAUUAAAAAUUAUGAUUGAUUUUAAUACUAAACAGUGUUUGGAUGAUGUAUUUUUAAUAAAGAUUGAAAAAAUACAAAAAAGUUUAAAAUCACAAUAUUAUACUAAAUCUCAAAAGCUUGAUAAGUUAAAUAAAGAAAGAGAUGGUAUAAUUGAAACAGGAAAUGGUGAUCCAUUUUUAGAUACAAGAAUUAAAUUACUUAAAAAUACUUUAAGUAUAUUAAAUAAAUCAUUAUUAUUUACUGAAUCAAUUCAAAUGAUUUGUUUAUAUGAUAAAGGUUCAAAUGGUUUUAUUGCAGUUUCAUUACCUUCAAUAUGUGAAUCUUUAAGUUUUAAUAUGCUUAAAAAUGAAUUGGAUGAAUUUAAACUUUUUGAUAAUUUAUCAAUUAAGAGAAUUUUGGAUUAUUUUCAUAAUAAUAAUAAUGGUGCAUUUAAAAAAUAUAUUAUACAUAUUCAAAUAAUGGAUGUACUUAAAUUUGUAUACAGAAAAUGUAUUGAAUUAACAUGGACAGUUAAUAGUGAAGAUUUAAAAGUUAGUUUUGAUGAAAAUUUAUUUCCUACUAUAUCAAGAUUACCUUCUGAAUAUUACAAAAAUCUAGCAAAUACAACAUUUAUAGAGCAAAUUAAAUGGAUUGUAGGUGUAAACCAGUUCAAUAUUGCAAAAAAUUUGAAUACAAAUAUGUUUCUAAUGUUUUUUAGCAAAAUUUUACAACUUAUGAGAAGUUAUAAAUACAUUAUGAGUAGGAUGAAACAAGUUACUAAAUCACAAUUAAGAAAUCAAUAUAAAGUUAAAUGCACCCAAUUAUUAUUCCAGUUAAACCAGUUAUUAAGUGUAUUAGUGGUGAAUAUGAUAAAAUUAAAGCAGAUUAAAGUUGAUAACAAAUAUAAAAUUAAUAUUAAAUCAACAAGUGAAAAUUCAUUAAAAGAAUUAAUAGAUAAAGAUUUAAAAUUAGUUGAUGGUAAAACAUGUCAUCAGUCUGUAUUAUCAUUACUUUAUUAUAGACAUCUACAAUUACAGUUAAUUAUGGUAAAUUCAAACAUGUUGAGUUAUAUUCCAAAUUUACUUAAUAAGUUAAUUCAUGCAAUAAAUACCUGUAAAUCAAAGUUAUCACGUGAUGAGAUAUUAUCAGAUCAUGCAAUUCAACACUUUGAUGUAAAAAAUUCAAACUUGAAAGAUUUAACUUUAUCAGAUUUAACAAUGGGUUUGAUUAGUUCUUUUUAUCAGGAUGAUUUAAGUAUUUUAUCUAAUAGUGUGGAUAAAAUAAGUACAUUUCUUGAGAAGUUACUUGAAAAGAUAAUGAAUACAAGUGCAAUUACUGCAUUAGAAACUGAAAGAAAAAGUGGAGUUAAUAUUCAACAAAAAAGUUUAUUAUCUGAUAAUAAUAUGGUUAAACUUGAAAAGUAUUUAAGGUUCAAAUAUUUUAAGUAA